AUGUGUGAGAGCGAUAACGAAAGUGAAAAUAAUUCGUCGGCUCACAUUUCUGUUUUUGAGCAACGCGCAUACAUUAAAAUCGAAACGAUUCGUGGUAAAACAGUGCCUGAAAUUCAUGCCGCGUUAAAUGAAGUGUGUGGAACGGAUACUGUGGAUCGUAGUACGGUGCAAAGAUGGCAUCAGCGAUUCCGUGAUGGUCGUAUAAGUAUUGAUAAUAACCCUCGCUCUGGCCGACCCUCUACGGUUACUCAAGACAACACUAACGCGGCUAUUGUUGCAACUCUACUCGAUGAAGACCGACGAAUAACGGUGAGAGAGAUAGAGAAUGAAACAGGUAUUUCAAAAUCAAGUGUUCACCGCAUUUUAACGGAAAUUCUACAGAAACGAAAGAUUGCAGCACGUUGGGUGCCUCAUUUUCUGUCACCGGAACAGAAGGAUACACGCAAAGACAUCUGCCGUGAACUCCUUUCUCAAUACGAAAAUAAAAAAGAAACAUUUUUUGAUCGUAUAAUUGCAAUAGAUGAGACUUGGAUUCGUGAUUUUGAGCCGGAAUUAAAAUCUCAAAGCAAUAUUUAG